AUGACUACUUUUACUUCAUUGAAGACUCGGCUCCCAUGGAUACAGGCUCCUCUCAUCGCCAAUACCCCCAUGAGUGGUGUGGCCACAGGUGAGCUAGCAACAGUCGUCACUCGCGCCGGUGGCCUGAGCCAAAUCGGAUAUCUAGACGACAUGCACACUCUGUCCAAAGAGCUAGACUCUACAACAAAAGAGCUUAAAGAUAUCAUUUCCAUUCUACCUGAUCCAGAUCAAUUACCAAUCGGACUCGGGGUAAUUGUAUUCGGAUCUCCAAUCGAUGCAUGGAUGCGACUAUUUGCAACAUAUAAGCCUGCCGUUGCAGGGCUUUCGUUCGCCGGAACAAGCGAAAUGAGGACUUGGGCGGAGGGUAUUCGGAAACUUUCACCCAAAACCGACAUUUGGGUGCAGCUCGGAAGUGUGCAGGCUGCGGUGGAUGUAGCUCAGGCUUCCGGAGCAAGCAUCGUGUCUCUCAUCCCCGAGACUGCGGAUGCACUUCAAAAGCUGGAAAUCGAAAUUUCCUUGAUCGCUGCGGGGGAAAUCAUGGAUGGAAGAGCAACCGCCGCGGCACUUACUCUAGGUGCUUCGGGGGCAGUGAUGGGAACACGAUUCCUUGGAGCCGUCGAGUCCCACAUUCCUCAAAUAUGUCGCGAUGCUGUAUUCAGUGCCUCUGAUGGCGGUCAGUCUACCGCGCGAUCUCGUGUCUUCGACGAAAUCUGGGGCCCUAAUUUCUAG